CAAAAGUUAACAACAAAGUUUUGACUUAAGAUCUAAAUAAACUAGUGAAAUAGAGUAAACAAGUUAAAAAUGACAGGUGGAAAUCACAGAGGAAAUAUUUUCACUUAUGAAACAUUAGUUCAUGCAAUAUCGGGUGCCGCUGGAAGUGUCGUUGCUAUGGCAACUUUUUUUCCACUUGAUACUGUACGUAGUAGAUUGCAAUUAGAAGACGGUCGGCAGUCUAAGAAUACAUUGGCAACAAUUCGAGAUCUGGUCGGAAAGGAAGGGCCGUACACAUUGUACAGAGGAAUUAUUCCUGUAUUGCAAAGUUUAUGUGCCAGUAAUUUUGUUUACUUUUAUACUUUUCACGGAUUAAAACUUUUAAGAAGCUCAAGAAAUCAAACUGCUAGGAAUGAUUUAUUCGUUGCAUCGAUAGCAGGUAUUAUUAAUGUUCUUGUGACGACACCACUGUGGGUCGUCAACACCCGUCUAAAGAUGAAAGGUAUUGGUGGUAUUCCUGAGAAGAAUAAUAACGAGUACAAUAAUCUCUUAGAGGGAAUUAUUUACAUUUGGAAGUACGAAGGUAUUAAGAAAUUGUGGGCUGGUACAUUAGCGAGUCUUAUACUUGUGACAAACCCGGCAAUCCAAUUUAUGACUUAUGAAAGUAUUAAAAGAAAAGUUAAUGCUUCUUUGGCUGGAGAACAAACACCUGCGUGGAUAUUUUUUACUAUUGGAGCGAUCGCUAAAACUAUUGCAACUACUGCAACUUAUCCACUACAAUUAGUUCAAUCUAAACUAAGGCAUGGUCACAAUUACGAAAAUCUUUCCGCAAAUGCAGGAACUUUGCAGAUAUUACUCUACAUAUUGAAAAAACAAGGUCUCGCUGGUCUCUACAAAGGAAUGGAAGCCAAAUUAUUACAAACUGUUCUCACCGCUGCACUUAUGUUUUUAGCGUAUGAAAAAAUUUCAAAAUUCGUAUUUAAGAUUUUGUAUAGACCAAUUGUCAGAUAGACUGUGUAAUAUUGAUGAAACGAUCAGUAUUAGAAAAUCAAAAAUUUAAAAAAAUAAAUUGUCAUUUUAUUAUACUAAAUAUUAAUUUUUUAAUUAUUUAUUAGAUUAAUAAAUAAAAAAUUAAUGAUCCUGGAGUUAACAGG